ACUUGCUAUGAUCCAUACAUAGCAUGCAACGAAUCAAUCGGUCAUUACCAGUACCAUUCUAAAUGUUAUGAUGUAAAUCCUAAAACCAGCAAAAUCGCUCAAAAUCUCACAUGGGAACAAAUUGUAAUAGCAAUGACAUCUUCUUCUGAAGCAUUGCGUGAUCUACCACCUAAUAUUUUUUUGAAAGAAAAAAUUAAUAAUCCUGAAAGUCCGAGUGAAUUUUUUAUCGCUUCAGCAACAAUUGAACAGGCUAUUAUCGCUGUAAUUGCCAUCUUAGGGAUUCGUAUAUAUGCAAAGAUAGCUCGAUUCACUGUAAUAUUUCCACAACUUUGCAUGGUAAUAUGUAUUUGUUUCGCUGUUACUAAAGCAGGAUUUCAAACUACGGUUUCCGCAAUAGCUGAGGGCUUUUUACCAGAUUUAGAGGAAUUUUUCACGUUGAGAACUUGGGCUAUGGCUGCACUUCAAGUUCAGUUUAAUCUAAUUAAAUUAUUGCUCCAGAAAUUUGGAUAA